GGCAUUUGCAAGGUUGCUUAUUUAAAUGGAGGACUCCCUCCUCGCCGGCCCGUGCCUGUCAAAAGCAUUACAAUCAUUUUACUGUGAAACUCAUGAAAGCCUUUUGGGAUAUCUGUGUCUAAUAAUUCCUUACCUUUUCAAUACUCUCUCUACCUUUGGAAUUCCUUGUCUUUUUGACGAAUCAAGAAAAAUCAUAAAGAAAUGGGUGCUCUCGAUCAUUUGCCUGACUUCUUCGACUGCUCUGGUGGUGGUUCCAAGCACAAGAAACGAAAGAAUUUGCAGACGGUGGAAGUUAAGGUCCGCAUAGACUGUGAAGGAUGUGAGCGCAAAGUGAGGAGAGCACUAGAGGGGAUGAAGGGUGUGAAGCAAGUGGUUGUAGAAAGAAAGGCAAACAAGGUGACAGUCGUUGGAUAUGUGGAGCCAUCAAAGGUGGUUGCUCGCGUGGCACAUCGCACUGGUAAGAAGGCAGAGUUGUGGCCAUACGUGCCAUACGAUACGGUGGCCCACCCUUAUGCACCUGGGGUUUACGACAAAAAGGCCCCUGCUGGGUACGUGAGAAAUGCUGAGGACCCACAGGUGUCCCAACUAGCACGUGCGAGCUCUUUUGAAGUUAGAUACACCACCGCUUUCAGCGAUGAGAACCCUGCAGCUUGUGUUAUUAUGUGAUGAUCAUUAUUGUAAUUAGUUGUUUUCUGUGCUUUGAUUUUAGGGCUUGCAAUUAUUAAUUUCUUUUUUAAUUUUCCUUGUCUUGUAUGCCGUGGUGAAAUUAUUUUGUAUUUGUA